UCAGAUACAUUCAAUAUCUGAAGCAUACAGAACAGAUAGUGUGUGGAAGAUGCUGUCACUGCAUUACUGGCUCAUGUUUCCUUUGUUUCUGAUCACACUAACAGAGUGUAAAGGAGAAGACAAAGUGAUCCAGGAACAAGGAGAUGUCAUUGCUGCUGAAGGAGACACAGUUACACUUGGAUGUCAGUAUGAGAGCAGUGGAACAAAUAAUUAUCUCUUCUGGUACAAACAGGAUGGAAACAACAGCCCCAAAUUCAUCCUGAUGCGCUAUAGCAAGGACCAAGGAAACACAGCAGACGAGUUCAAGGAGAGAUUUUCAUCCACACUGGAUUCCAGCAUCAGAUCAGUUACUCUGAAGAUCCAGAAGCUUCAGCUGUCUGACUCUGCUGUGUACUACUGUGCUCUGCAGCCCACAUGUUACUGUGUGAACAACUAUGGAAACAAGCUGGUCUUUGGUUCUGGUAGUAAACUCAUAGUUCAGUCAGGGGUAGAGUACGAGCCAUCCUAUUUCAAACUGGGAAAAGGCGAUGAUGCGGCAUGUUUGGCAACUGGGUUCAGCAGACACAAUGCAACAGCCAAUCAUUGGAAUUAUAGCUUGGAAUUCAGUAAGACAAAAGCUGUGGCGAUAUCACCAAAGUUGGAUCUGUACAACCAGGUGAUAUUUACAGGCAACGAUGCAAAGAUUUGUGAAUCACCAGGCAAGCGUGCCAGCGCAUGUGUUGAUGUUUUGGAGCCAGAUCCAAAGGUGAACCUCAUGUCUCUGACCAUCCUGGCUCUCAGAGUGAUCUUCAUCAAGACCAUCAUCUUUAACAUCAUAAUGACUCUGCGGCUGUGGAUUAGUCAGUAAACUUCACAGAAACCCCAAGAGGACAACCUUCUGUGUGACUGGAUGAAACUUGAAGUUCACUGAGCUUCAGCGUGUAUAUCAUGUAUAAAUAUCAUAUUACCUGUUUAUCAUACCAUCUGUUAAUAACUCUUUAUAGACGUUAUCCUUUAAUACAUUGUUGAUUGUUCCAAAAAGUUUGAUUUUAUGUUAUCUUUACAUAUUGUCACUGAUGUUUUUUAUGAAUGAAUUAAACUCUGUCUCACUUGAUGAUGUAAAUGUCACAGUUAUGUUUAACAGA